AUGGGAGGGGCUGGCAAACCAGAGCAUCGGCGAACUGCUUACACCGUGAAGAGCUGCUGCGAAAUCGUGUUCACGCCCCACCAGAGUGCCUGGUGGUUCGGGAAAGAAUGGAAAGAAAGCAUUGCGCCAGCCACCAACCUGCCCAAACUGCAGAUUUUAAAUGACUUCCCUUCCCCAGCCUUCCGGGAAAGCCUCGCCGAGCGCGCUCCAGGCGUCAGGCAAGACCGGUCCAUUUCAGCUCACCCUCCUUGCGGCCGCAACUUUGGACCGCGCACCUACAGGGGACACGGGUGCGAGGGUGCGUGCGUGUCUGAGUGUGCGUGUGUGCGAGUGCGCGAGUGUGCCCGCCCAUGUGCCCGCGCGCACCGGGCUGUGGGCCAAACACAGAGCGAGCUGCGCUCAGCCCUCGCGCCGCGGAGAGCCGGGACGCGCACGCAACCCGGGCCAGUCCGCGGCGGCCGAGAUAGUAGCCACAGCGAGAGGAGCAGCCAGGAGGCGCGGGGCAGUGGUCGAGGCCACGGUUAUCAUCUCCCCCUGCGCACACUGGGCGGCACAAGCCGGCGCCCUCUCGGCUCCAGAACCCCAGGGCGCAGUGGUGCGGGCUGCGGAGGACCGCAGAGCGGUGGGUUCCCACCCACCCAGCCCAGCUCGAGGGGGACCGGUGGGCUCGCGUCCACUGCGCGCUGCUGCGGGGAACGGAGCGCUGGCGAGGCCCACGCCGGCCGGGAGUGCAACGCGGCGCCCCCGCCUGGGCCCACCCUUAUCCCACUUCUCGCCCGAGAUCCCACAGGAUGGAGUUCUCAGGCGCGGGCGCUUGAUGGACGCUCGCAAAACCUGUCACCGGACUCAGAGAGCUGGGUGGCCGAGGGGUCCCGGGCAUCUCUGCAGCAGAUGCCCAGCAGCAGGGAGACUGACCCACUGACCCUUCUGAGCCCGGAGGCGCCCCGGGCCAGAGGCGGCAGAUUGUUUGGAAGGCCCAGGCUCCAGGGCCAGGCUGCGGAGGUGAAGCUGUAUCCUGACGGCCCUGGCAGGGGAGCUUCCAGAAAGAGUUCCCCCAAGUGGCUGGCGCAGGAGCUGAGGUCUGCCCGCCCAGGCAGAGGCCCAGGGGAGACCAGGCGGGAGCACCUGCUCUGCGCUCCUUUCCUUGCGGCUCGAGUGUCUGUGCGGCCUUGGAGGCCACGAGCUGCCAGCCUCGGCCCCGGGCCCCACCCCAGCCUCGAGCAGCUCCACGCCCGGGUCCCGUGUGGCCGCAGCGGAGGGUCUCUGUCUGACUCAUAA